UCGUGCGGCAUGAUGCCGGCAUGAUACCCUUUCUAAGCAGUUUUGAUUCGCCGAGUAUUCAGUAAAAAAGUCGAUUAGACGAAAAAUUCAAUCUGUACAUAAGUCUGAACGAACUGAAAUAAACACUUUUCAGCGUGAGCGAGGAUCCACGUUUGUUAACGAGCAAUCGAGCAAGAUUCGCCAGUGAUGGAUCCGAGAUUCUACAAGAAAAGAAAGAAGGAGAGGUUAUUCGAUAGAUUACAUAAAGGUGUUGUGAGCGUCUGUAUGGGUGUUACAGUGAUUGGCACCCUCAUGAUCGGUUAUAAGGUGUAUGAAUACUUUCGAUACGUUCGACCCUUGCAACAAGUACAAAGUAAACUGAUGGAGGAUGAGCUCCUGCUCGAGGGCAGGAACAUAGAAGAUACAUCGGAAAAUUUGUCAUAGGACAACAUGUUGUCACACAGUCGAGAUGUAUGUGUAAGCAAUUCUUUUCACAUAUAGUAAAAAAAAUGAAUAUAGUGAGUGAUACAAUGCUGAGCAAUGUAUUUUCAAGAAUGAAUAUAUUUAUAGUCUACAUUUAAGGACUGUAAAUAAACUCAUGUAGAUAA